AUGCCACUUCCUGAUGCCGAUACCGAGGUCAAGGCUUCCAGCGAAGCGGCCGAAUCGUUCGUCAGCCACUAUUACCAGGCCCUGAACAGCAGGUCGCAGCUUCUUCCGUUCUACAUCAACUCAUCCCCCAAAUACUCCGUCGCGGCCGACAUCUCCAUCAACGGUUCGGUGCUCGCCACGCCUGCUGACUACUCGACCCUCCUCGACGCUCAAGGCCAAGGCGUCCGCUACGACAUUGAAUCCCUGGAUGCGCACGUCAUAAACCCAAGCUCGCAGUACGGCGCGCCCGAGAGCGUUCACGACAACAGCAAGGUUGAGAAGAACGGGGGCCGGAUGAGCAUUGUCGUCACCACAAUGGGCAGGGUGCAGUUCGGCAAGGGGCGGGAAGCGCCGCAGAAGAUGUUUAACGAGACCUUUGUGCUCGUUCCCAACUGGGAUGCCAUGGCGAGAAACCCUCCUCGCGGGCUCAGGCGUUGGCUCAUCCAGUCACAAAACUUUCGUGCCUUGUAA